AAAAGAAGAGAAUUGUCUUUUAUUUCAUUUUAUAUCACUUCUUCUUUGUUUUGCAAUGAAACUAUCCACUAUUUCUAUAGCCUUUCUUGUCGCAUCCAGUCAAUUGACCUCUGUGUUGGCUCAACAAAAAUUCGAUCUCACAACUAACUUCCGGGAGCCAAAGAAUAUCCUGUUUUCAUGUAAUCUUGGUGGAGCAUCGCAUGUUUUAUGGGUAUUGGAAACUCUUCAGGAACUGUCUGUUAGAGGACAUCAUGUUUCAUGGCUAACAAAAGAGGAUCAAGUCAAGUUCAUUAAAGACUAUCCUUCCGUUAAACUUAUCGUGAAUGGGCCUGGUGUCUUUGGAAAAGGAGAAUAUCGCACAUUAUUUGAGCAAGCAUCUCAUAUGGAUCCGGUCAGAAAGAGUGUCCAUUUAUUCAGUAGGACUACAUUAAACUAUACAGAUGAAUACUUAAAGCAUCGUGUUGUAUUUGAUACUGAGCAAGUGGACUUGGUAAUAUGUGACGCCUUAAAUAGAGCUUGUGUUGAAGCUGCAAAAGCAACCAAGAUACCAAGUGUUAUAACAGCAUCAUUGGCUGUGAGCCCUGACGCUUCUGCACCAUAUGUUAACACAAAGUUCUUUAACAUGCAUCAUCCUACAAGUAAAGGCCAAUCAUUCUAUACAAGAUUCACUGACAGAGUGAUCAGCCCUGUGCGUUUCAUUAUUGGUAGCCUACCGCAAAUAAAGAAAUACACUCAACAGAUGAAGCUUGUAGGCAUCAAGGCCCCAAUAAAUCCUAUGGAUAAUUGGAAAGACAGUAUCAAAAUUAUCAAUUCAGUUUUUGGCUUUGAAGUACCACGUCCCUUGGGUCCUCUUGUUGAACUUGUAGGUCCUAUUCUUCCACAAAGCUAUCCUGAUUUGAACGUUGAGCUUAAAGCUCUCCUUGAUAAUCACCGUAAAGUUGUUUACGUGGGAUUUGGUCAAAUGGCUGUACCUACACAUAAGGACAUUAAACUCAUCUUGACUGCCUUGCUCGAAAAUAUGGAGAUUCAAAAUAUUGACGGCAUUAUCUGGUCCACUCGUGGUAUCCGUGAUCUUUUCCCUGACACAAUAACAACUCGUUCGAAUACAGUCUAUGAUAUCAGCAGCUUCUUUGAAAGCCCAGCAAAUAGCUCUAAUAUUGCAUUUAUAGAUUGGGCACCUCAAGUUGCUAUCCUUCAUCAUCCUUCGACUCGUUUGUUUAUCACGCAUGGCGGCGCAGGCUCUUUGUACGAAUCAAUGCAUGCCGGUGUGCCUGUUGCUGUAGUUCCUUUCUUUGCUGACCAACCUGGUAAUGCUGUCAUAGCUGAAGAAGCUGGCAUUGGUCGCUGGUUCAGAAGGACGUUAAGUCAAGUGAAGGCAAAUGCUUUGGUCAAGGAGAUCCUUGAGGACAAGACAGGUCAAUACAGACGCAACGUAAACCAUCGCAAGGCACUGGUGCAAAUUAGAAACGAACGUGGUAGACAAAGAGCCGCCGAUCUAAUUGAAGAAGCGCUAUUUACGCAUAAUAGUGGAAAAAUAACACAUAGAAGAGAUGUUCGUAGAGAUCUUUCAUUUUUCAAGGCUUAUAACCUGGAUAUUCAUUUUGUCUUAUUGGCUUCCUUACUCUCACUGGUCUAUUCUAUAUACCGCCUUGCUAUCUCUGCUUACAUGUUAACUUCUAGAAGAGUUGUCAUUGAGAAGUUUAAGAUUGAUAAGAAAUUAAAAGCAAAUUAAACUGUUUAAUAUCCCACACAGCCUUUUUAAUAGCUAUCUUCAAUGUAUUAUUUAAAAUAAAUAUAUAAUUUUUUACUUUUG